UUCAGUCCGGUUCGAGCGAGCAGUCGACGUGGUACACUCUCUCGCCUGCGCAAUCAAUUCUCGCUAGUUAGUCGCGCUCCCAGUGCAACAUAGUCGGAGUGAUUUAUUUUUGUUUUCAAUUCCGAUUCUAUCGCGAACGAGUGCGGUGCCAAAGGUCACGCGGUCAUCCCAAGUCGAGUUCAAUCUAGUCCAGCCCGUACGCACUCCACACUAAAGGGUAUCUCUUGAUGGCAAUGAUGAGACUGCUACAGCCGGGAAAGUCUUUCCACGGGAGUAAUCCGGCGUUGCUGCGGAUGCUGACGGCGAGUUUGUCCUCGUCGGGGAGUAAUUUGCCGGCGUUGCCGCUGCCGAAGCUGUCCGAUACGCUGAACAAGCUGCUGACGACGAUCGAACCGCAUGUGGAUCGGGAAGGGUUCAGCCGCAGCAAGUCGGCGGUCGAAAAGUUCAUGACUCCGGGUGGAGUUGGUCUGCGGUUGCAGAAGUUGUUGGAGGAACGGGCGGCGAACAGGAAAAACUGGUUGUCGGACUGGUGGCUGCAGUCUGCGUAUCUGGAGUAUCGCGAUCCUGUAAUCAUUUAUUCCAGCCCGGGGUUGGUGUUUCCGCAGUUGCGGUACAAGUCGGUUGACGAUCAGCUGCGGUACGCGGCCAAGAUUGUGUUUGGGGCGCUGCUGUACAAACGGAUGAUCGACCAUGGCCAGAUUAAGCCGGAAAUGAUGGGCAAAGCCCCGUUGGAUAUGGCGCAGUACGGCAAGAUCUUUGGGACGUGUCGAGUUCCGGGGAGUCCGGCGGAUUCGCUGCUGUACCAUCCCAACUCGACGCACAUCGUGGUGGCUUCAAACAAUCAGUACUUUAAGGUGGAGGUAGGCAGCUCGGACGCCAUCAUCGGCGAGGAAAAGCUGCUCGAACAGUUGCGCCAGUGUCACGAAAUGUCACGAGAGCGUGCCGAACCGGUUGGAAUGUUGUCGGCGCUUCCGCGAGACAAUUGGCACGAGGCGUACGAGGUGUUGCGUGCGAAUCCCGCCAACAACGGGACGCUUGAUGCGAUACAAAGUUCGUUGUUUGUGCUGUCGUUGGAUUACGAAAUCAAAAACUCGUCCGGCGAUGACAUAAUCGACGCUUGCCACCUGUUGAUCCACGGCGGAGGCUCCACGGCCAACUCCGGCAACCGGUGGUACGAUAAAACACUGCAACUGGUGGUCGGACCGAACGGAGUCAACGGACUGACGUACGAGCAUUCCCCAGCCGAGGGCCAGCCGAUCGCGGUCCUCACCGACUUUAUCAUCAACCACAUUGCCAAAGGCGACUCCACAAAAGGAUCCGACCGGACCCUACCAGCUCCCCAAAAGCUCACCUUCGACCUGUCUCCAAAGGCCCAAACUCUCCUCCAAAAGGCCGCCACCCAGCACGACAAGCUGAUCGCCGACCUGGACAUGAACUACCUCCAUUACACCGGCUACGGCAAGAACUGGAUCAAGACGCAAAAGAUGAGCCCGGACAGCUUCAUCCAGAUGGCCAUCCAGUACGCGUUCUACAAGCUCCACCGAGUGCCGGGCGCGCACUACGAGUCCGCCCAGACGCGCAUGUACGAAGCCGGUCGCACCGAAACCAUUCGAUCCUGCUCGAACGAGUCGGUUGCGUUCGCCCGCGCCAUGCUCACCCCCUCCGAAUCGGCCCAAACCAAGGUCGCCAAGCUGCGAUCCGCCGUCGAUGCCCACAAAGCGUACGCCUCCAAGGCCGUCCAGGGCUACGGCGUCGACCGGCAUCUGCUCGGCCUCAAGCUGAUUGCGCGCGAAAACAACAUCUCUCCCCUGCCGGAACUCUUCAAAGAUCCCGGCCUGCUGGCCAGCCAACACAUGAGACUGUCGACCAGCCAGGUGGCGUCCCGGUACGACGCGUUCAUGUGCUACGGCCCGCUGACGGCGGACGGGUACGGCUGCUGCUACAGCCCCAAGAACGACGACAUGUGGUUCGGCAUCAGCUCGUUCCGCAGUUGCCCCGAGACGGACACGCGCACCUUCCGGGACCAUCUGCGGGCCGCCCUGGACGAGAUGUUCGAGGUGCUGAGCAAGGUUUCGGCGACGGCCAGCAAGCUGUAGGGCGUGGGAGAAGUGGCGACGGCGAGAAGCAGGGAGUUUUAUUACCAGUUGUGAUAGAGGAGAGAUUGUUGUUUCGAACGUAUUUUGCACAAGUGUUGACCAUAUUUUAUCGGAAAAAUAAAAAGGUGGCGGUAUUUUUUUAACAUAAAA